AUGGAGGGCAUUCCAGGACCUCCUGAGCCGACACUUGUUCCACAGCGGGUACAGGUAGCCGUUCGGCUACGUCCUCCGGGGCUCGGAAGCUCUGGAAAUACGGCUCCAAUUCUUGUUGAGCCCCAAAAUUGCAUUAAGGUCGAGGUUGCACCCAUGCAUUCCUUCACAUUCGACGCUGUAUUGGGGGUAGAUGCCACGCAAGAAAGCUUGUAUGCACAGCUCGUCUCGCCUCUAGUUGAUAUAUUCAUUUCUGGGAUAAAUGCAACCAUAUUUGCCUAUGGUCAGACAGGCUCUGGGAAAACAUAUACAAUGGGCACUGGGUUGGAGAGCGUUAUUUUUUCGACAGCAGAAAUGGGUCUGACAGAACAAGGAAUCGUUCCCAGAGCUAUUAUUGAGAUUUUUGGGAAAUUAUCACCAUCAUUGACUUCUUCUUCUUCUUCCAUUUUUGCCUCUUUCAUAGAAAUUUAUAAUGAAAAGGCCAAAGACCUGCUAGUUGGAUCUUCUAUUACCCCUUCUACGCCAUUGGUGAUUCGCGAAGAUUCCCGUGGCGAUAUAUAUCUUGCAGGCUGCCACGAAGAGCAGGUCUCAAUGCCAGCCGAUCUUUUCAAAGUCGUCAAAAGGGGGACACUUGCGCGCACUACUGGUGCAACUGAUAUGAAUGCAAGCUCUUCCCGGUCGCAUGCAAUCUUAUCGCUUAUUUUGCGCCAACAAAUUGAGAAUGGCGAGGCAAGAGUUUCUAGAUUUCAUUUUGUGGAUCUUGCCGGCUCGGAGCGUUUAAAGCGGACAAAUGCGCAGGGAGCGCGAGCAAAAGAAGCCAUUUCCAUUAACGGGGGUCUUUUGGCGCUUGGAAAUGUCAUCUCCGCUCUCUCUGCAGGACGGAAUGAACAUAUCCCCUACAGAGACUCAAAGCUAACGAGGCUGCUUCAAAAUGCACUGGGUGGGAAUUCUUGCACGCUUAUGAUUGCGUGUAUUUCUCCUGAUGAAGCGUCUCUCAGUGAGUCCGUCAAUACACUGAAGUAUGCUGCGCGCGCAAAGAAUAUCCGCAACAAUGCUCAUGUGAAUAUGGAUAUGUCCUGUUCUGCUUUUGAGGUGGCACAGCUGAAGAAGCAAGUUAUGAAUUUGAAAAAAGAGAAUUUCGAGCUUCGUGCGCUUGUGAGGAAACCUUUGCCUCAAGGAGGCGAUAGUGACACCCUACAAGGAGCUGUACACACCUCACCCACCGUGCUUGAGGAGAAUAUUGCUGCUCUGCGGGCAUCAUAUGAGGCUAAAUUAAUCUUUCUCCAAGAACAAAUAUCCAAUCUAAAAAAGGAUUCCAGCGGUGCUGGGUCCACCAUUUUGGCAGAAAGCAGAAUUGGAAUUGGGCUCUCCAAAACCCUUCGUGAAAAAUACGAAACCAAGAUCCGAGAGCUGAGUCGAGAACUUGCUUCGGCAAAGUUGGCGACGGCACGCACAUCUACCACCUCAUCUUCAGCAUCGGCCAUUAAAGCCAGUCAGGAGGUUCAGUUGCUCUCGCAUCAGCUUACCACGCUUAGAUCGACAUUGCAAUCUACGCGUGUAGAGAAGAAUCGAACUCAUCAGCAGUUGACUGAAGAGAUGACCCGAUUGCGAGUAGCGUUUGAACAGCGCGAAGCAGAGCUGAGACAGUUACGAAUUGUGGAGCGAGAGCACAAAGAAGAGCUGAACCGUCUACGGCGCUCCCUAGAGCAUGCAAAAAGCAUAAUUCGGAAAAAGUCAUCCACGACGGCCUCUGCAGGCUCUUCCUUAUGUGGAGGUUCGUUGACGAGGUCUAUUUCAUAUCCCUCAACUUCAAAAGGUCAUUCGCGUGGACUCUGGUCGCCUCGCGGAAAAGAUUUUCUUCGAGAGAGCCAGCCACUCCUUCCUAUGCUUUCUCCAGAGACCUUGCACAAGCGAUCUGCUUUUAUCAUAGCACCAUCUUCUCCUGCGAUUUCGGUUAAAAAACCAAAUUUCCUGGAGCAAGAGCUGAAAAUAGAACAUGAAGAGGGGAUCCCAAUGGAUUUUUCCAAAGAAAUUAUAGCGUUUUCUAAGGAAGCCGAGGACGAAGAGACCGCCGAAAAUAAGGAACUCAACAUCGAAGCGGGUAACUUAUCUGCGAACGACUUUGAACGAGUUGAGCCGCCAUCUCCUUUUUUGCAUCAUCACAUUCAACAGCCUGUUCAGAUUGAGCGGAGCGAGCCUGUUUCCGUAUCAAGCCUUUUCAGCAGAAUCUCCGCUUUUGCAACAUCGUCCCGGAAUUCUUAA